AUGGCUCUGAGUCUUCUUACUAUCACGAGUCUGGUGGUCACUGCACUAGGGAGUCAGGUCUCCGUGUCGGUUGACGCCGCCUUUAGCCUUGGCUCCUGGAUUCCGAUCCACCGCUUCUACGACGACACCGGUAACCCGAUCUAUAACUUCACCAUCAUCGAUGAUAUCUUUGAUCAUUACCUAGCCGCCGACGUCAAGCCCUAUCUUGAGAUUGGCUUCACCCCGGAGGCGCUGGCAGUGGACCCCAACCCCUACUUCUUCGACUUCAACCCUGCUUUGGGUGCUAACAACAUCUACACCGGAUGGUCGCACCCCCCAAAAAGCUAUGAGCGCUGGGGUGAACUGGUUUACAAGCUGACCAAGCACCUGGUAGACCGUUAUGGCGCGAACGAGGUCAAUCAAUGGUACUUCGAGGUCUGGAACGAGCCAAAUAUUCCCUACUGGAACGGAACAACCCAGGGCUUCUACAAGCUCCAUGACUAUGCGGUCAACUCCGUCCUGGAGGCCCUGCCCACCGCUAGCGUGGGUGGCCCCGAGGUCGCUGGUGGUGCCGCCGGAUCCUAUCUUGGCGACUUCCUGGAGCAUUGCAGUCAGGGCACCAACUAUGCCACCGGCAAGAAGGGAACGCCUCUUGACUUCAUCUCGUUCCACGCCAAAGGCGCGCCCCUCUUUGUCAAUACUACUGGCGACAGCGGUUACAUCCAGAUGAACAUGUCACCCCAAUUGCAGCAGAUCGACGAGGCCUUCGACAUCGUCGCAUCCUUCCCACAGUACAAACACAAGCCCAUUUUCAUGAGCGAGUAUGACCCCGACAGCUGUGCAGCGUGCACUUCGGCUGCAUAUGGUUACCGGAACGGACUUCUGUACGGUGCUUACUCUGCCGCGUCCUUCACUCGCGCCAUGGACUUGGCUGCCAACCGCAGUGUCAACCUCCAGGGAGCGCUGACCUGGGCCUUUGAGUAUGAGAAGAACGCGAUUCUGCCCAACGAGACUGGCUACUUCGAUGGCUUCCGAGUAUUGAGCACCCAGGGCAUCGAUAAGCCUGUCCUUAACUUCCACCGCAUGUGGAGCAUGCUGAGCGGCGACCGCAUCAAGGCCGAAAGCUCUGGCCAAAUCCCCCUCGAUGUGGUAUUAAAUGACGGCAUCAGGGGCCAGCAAACCGACGUCGGCUCCCUUGCCACUUUUGACAAGGAUGCACAGGCGCUAUUUGUGUUUGUGUGGCACUACCACGACAACAAUCUGGACUUCCCCGAUGCCCAGGUUUCCGUGGACAUCAAGGGUCUUCCUUCACACUUUGCGAACCUCCGUGGCAAUGUUACAGUAACUCACUACCGUGUGGAUAAUGACCACAGCAACUCUUAUGCCAAGUGGCUCUCCAUGGGCUCUCCCCAGGACCCGAGUACAAAUCAGUAUAACGAGCUAGUCAGUGCGGGCAAGCUUAUGACUCUCGGUUCCCCCACGUCCAUGCAUGUAUCGAAGGGCACGCUGUCUGUCGACUUCUCGCUUCCUAUUCGAGCCCUGUCAUUGCUUGUGUUCGAGGUGAGCUCUCCCACAUUGUAG